AUGCUAUCCAGUGUCGAUCCAGCCCUUCUAUCCGCUCUUGGGCUGGAACCUACUUCCACCAAGCUGCUUUCCUAUGGAGGCUCCGGCUUCUCUUCCACAUACAAGCUCGUCUCAACCAAGGAGGGCAAUGAGCUCCAGUACUUUGUCAAAACCGGCACAGGUCCUGACGCCGAGGUCAUGUUUCGCGGAGAAUUUGCCUCGUUGAAUGCAAUUCACAAUGCCGUUCCCUCGUUUUGUCCAAAGGCAUAUGCCCACGGUCCUCUCCACUCGGCCUCUGCUUCCUCUUCGUCCCCCCAACUUGGCGGUGGCGCCAGCGCAGGAGGAAAAUACUUCCUUGUAACAGACUUCAUUGAUCUUGCGUCCUCAGCUUCGGGUGGAACCGGCCUUUCCUUUGCCGCCAAACUCGCAACGUUACAUACCACCCCCGCCCCAAUUCCAAAGGGGCAUUCCAAACCAAUGUUCGGGUUUCCAGUGUCUACCUGCUGCGGAUCUACACUUCAGGAUAACAGUUAUCGGGAAACCUGGGCCGAUUUCUAUGCAGACUGCCGUCUGCGGGCCAUACUCAAAGAGUGUAUCAAGCAGAACGGCGCGGACAGAGAGCUUUCCGAUGUGGUGGAGAAAACAGCUAGCAAGGUUGUGCCACGACUCCUGGGAGAGGGGCAUCUUAAGGAUGUAAUUCCUGUCGUUGUGCACGGGGAUCUGUGGAGUGGGAAUCAUGGACGAGGUCGGAUUUUCACACAAAAGGGGUCUGAAGAGGUUGUUUUUGAUCCGUCUUCCUGUUACGCACACUCGGAGUACGAGCUGGGCAUCAUGAAGAUGUUUGGGGGCUUUGGUGCUGGAGGAUUUUGGAAAGAAUACCACUCACUUGUUCCUAAAUCGGAGCCAGCAGAGGAGUAUGAUGAUCGAGUGGCAUUAUAUGAACUGUAUCACCAUUUAAAUCAUUUUGCUUUGUUUGGAGGAGGGUAUAGGGGUGGUGCUAUGUCCAUUAUGAGAAAACUUCUGUCCAAGUAUGGCUGA